AUGGGCUGCGGCGGCAGCAGGGCGGACGCCAUCGAGCCCCGCUACUACGAGAGCUGGACGCGGGAGACCGAGUCCACCUGGCUCACCUACACCGACUCCGACCCGCCGCCCAGCGCCGCCGACAGCGGCCCCGAGGCGGCCGGCCCCGCGGGUGUGCUGGAAGAUGGACCGUCCUCCAAUGGCGUGCCCCGGUCUACAGCCCCAGCUGGAAUAUCCAACCCAGAGAAGACGACGAGCUGUGGGACCCAAUGCUCCAAUCCUCAGAGCCUCGGCGCAGGCGCUUUGACCCAGAAACACAACAGCCUUCGGACCACAGAGGCUAAACGAGAUGCGAAGCGAAUGCCUGCAAAGGAAGUCACCAUCAGCGGCACAGAGCAGCCCCAGGCAGGUGGAGGGAGUCGGGGAAUCACGGAGAACUGUGCCCGCUAG